CUUCAGAGGAAUUUAUCUGUCCCUUCCAAAUAAGAGAUGCCCCUUCGCAAAGCUGGGGCAAAUGUUGACGAAGCAACAGAUGAAGAAGCCAACAUCAACACAGGAGACGAUGGCCCAUCGUGUGGUUCUGUAUUGUGUGGGAUUGUCCUCACGUUGGUCUCCAUGCUCCUCAUCAUUGCCACCCUCCCCCUCAGCAUCUGGACCUGCAUAAAGAUUGUUGCCGAGUACGAGAGAGCCGUGAUCUUCCGUCUGGGGCGAAUCGUAUCAGGAGCAAAAGGGCCUGGUAUCUUGUGGGUCAUUCCAUGUGUGGACACUUUUCGAAAAGUUGAUAUGAGAACCAUCUCCUUCAACAUCCCUCCUCAGGAGGUGCUGACCAAGGACUCGGUGACCAUCAUGGUGGACGCGGUGGUGUAUUAUCGAGUCUUCAAUCCCAUCGUGAAUCUCACGCAAGUGGAGGACGCCAACGUGGCCACGCAGAUGAUCGCCCAGACAACCCUGAGGAACAUGCUGGGCACCAAGAGCCUGGCCGAGCUGCUGAUGGACCGCGAGGAGAUGGCCGAGCAGAUGGAGGUGGUGCUGUAUGACGCCUCCAAGCACUGGGGCAUCAAGGUGGAGCGGGUGGAGCUGAAGGAUGUGAAACUGCCCCAGAGUCUCCAGAGAGCCAUGGCAGCAGAGGCAGAGGCAUCCCGGGAGGCCAGGGCCAAGGUUAUUGCGGCGGAGGGCGAGAUGAAGGCCUCUAGGGCCCUGAAGGAGGCGGCGGAGGUGAUGUCCGAGUCGCCCGCCGCCUUACAGCUACGCUACCUGCAGACGCUGUCGGAGAUCGCUGGCGAGAAGAACUCCACGGUCAUCUUCCCCAUUCCUCUGGACAUGUUGGGGACCUUCACGAAGAAAUGAUCGCUGAGAGGAUUCACUAACGAAUGAGAUCCGUAACCACAAACUGCAUAUUGUCUCUAAUGCUGACAGAGUCUAUAGUCCCAUGUUUAUUAAUGAAGCAGGUAUAACCACACAGAGCAUCAUUUCUUUUUUUCAUUUCAGUGGGUACAUGGUCAACGAACUGACAAAGCAGAGAUAUAUCCACAGCAGAGAUAUAUCCACCCCAGAUGUCUUUUUAAUUAGCGUCAGGAGAGACAUACUGUAGGCCCACACAUUGCAUAAUCAGAUGAGAAUAUUUUAGGUGUUGAUUUGUUAAGGGACGGAAUCAUUCUCUUGCUGAAAAAUAACAGCUGUGACCGCAGACGUGAUGUUGUUUGUUUUAUGUGUGUGGCGACUGGCGAAGUGAAGUCCCACACAGUGACCAACACAGAGAAGGUUCUGGAGACUUCCCAUAACCACCGUCAUCCACACACUAGCCUGAUACUACACACACCACCGUCAUCCAUACUGUACACCAGCCUGAGACUACACACACCAUCUCAUCCAUACUGUACACCAGCCUGAUACUACACACACCACCGUCAUCCAUACACCACCCUGAUACUACACACACCAUGAUCAUCCACACACCAGCCUGAUACUACACACACCACCGUCAUCCAUACUGUACACCAGCC